AUGGGACACACAACAGAUAAUUGUUGGACCUUGCGCAAAGAGAUCGAACGGUUGAUUAAAGUCGGGCAUUUAGCAAACUUUGUAUCCAAUGAACACACGCAGGCCGAGGUAACCAAGGCCACUGGGUGCGGGGCCUCGAAAGGCAAGGAGAUAGUUGAGGAUUUGGGUAUACUUGCUGGAUCAUGCUCAUCAAUCGCAGAAGGAUUCGGCGGUGGGCGUUUAUCUAGCAAAGGACGGAAAAGAUAUGUAGAGGCUGUGAAUUCCGUGCAUAAAGCUUAUGAAGGGGAGUGUUGGUUGAAUCAUACUACUAUCACUUUCACACCUAGGGACUUUGAUCAUGUUACCCCACAUGAUAAUGAUCUAGUGGUGGUGACUUUGCGGGUAAACAAUUAUGUCACUAAGAAGGUCUUUUUGGACCAAGGAAGUUUUGCGGACAUAUAUAUGGUGUGCCUGGUUGGAUUUAUGGGCGACCGGGCUAAGGUAUGA